CACAAGGCGGAGGCAAGGAAAUAAGAAUAAAAACCAAGUGGAAAGCGAGCCAGAAAUAGGCAGAGUCACAUGACGGGGCGCAUACAUACAUGCACACUAUAAGCGAGGUGUUGCGGGCGGAGGCACCACCUGAGCCUGAGCGCCGCGCGCGAGCCGAGAACGUGCAGCAGGAGGAGGCUGAGCGCGAGCAGGAGCGGGAGCGGCGGGGUGAGCGCGCGCACGCACACACACAUACAGAGCACGAGGUUAAGGUUUAAGUUCCAGCAUGAUGUUGUGGAGCCUGUUCUUUGCACUGCUUUUUGGAGCAGCGGGUGCCCUGCUCAGCGCAGACCUGGACCAGCACUGGCACAUGUGGAAGGGCAAACACAACAAGUCUUACCAGGACCAGGUUGAUGAGCUGAAACGACGGCAGAUUUGGGAGAAGAACCUCCAGGUGAUCACUCUGCACAACUUGGAGGCCUCCAUGGGGAUGCACACAUUUGUUCUUGCCAUGAACCACCUUGGAGACUUGACUCCGGAAGAGAUUUUAGCAUCCCUGGCUCAAACUCGUGUACCUCUAGAUCUGCACAGGGACUCAUCUGAAUUUGCGGGAUCUUCUGGAGCUGUUCUUCCAGAUUCUGUUGACUGGAGACAGCAAGGCUAUGUGACUGAUGUGAAGAAUCAGGGAUCAUGUGGGUCUUGCUGGGCUUUUAGUGCAGUGGGUGCACUGGAGGGACAGCUCAAGAAGACUCAUGGGACACUGGUUUCCCUAAGCGCUCAGAACCUGGUUGACUGUUCCUCUAAAUAUGGCAACAAAGGUUGCAGUGGAGGGUUCAUGACUCAGGCUUUCCAGUAUGUCAUCGACAACCAAGGCAUUGACUCUGAUAUCUCCUACCCUUACACAGGACAGAAUGGGCAGUGCAUGUAUAACCCUGCCCUCCGUGCUGCUAACUGCUCUAGUUAUGGUUUAGUGGCCCAGGGUAAUGAAGACGCACUGAAAUACGCGGUGGCCACCAUUGGACCCAUUUCUGUUGCCAUUGAUGCCACCCAACCCACAUUUGUGUUCUACCAUACUGGUGUAUAUGAUGAUCCCUCAUGCAGCCAGUCAGUAAACCAUGGAGUGCUUGUAGUGGGUUAUGGCACAAUGAAUGGUGUGGACUACUGGCUAGUGAAGAACAGUUGGGGGACAGGUUUUGGUGACCAGGGGUACAUUCGAAUGGCACGGAACAAGAAUAACCAGUGUGGGAUUGCCUUAUAUGGCUGCUACCCUAUAAUGUAACUGAAUGUGCAUGGGAAUGGUUAGAUGUACCCAUGGGGAGCUACUAUUAGGUGAGAUGCUCCAGCAUAAAUUAUGCUGAUACUCUUAAUACUUUAUUGAUGCACUUUCAUAUGAAUGUACAGUUUUUGGAU